CAGUGUUGCUUCCUGAAAGAAUGAGAGAAUCGGCAUCUUUUGUGCUUGUUUUCCUUUUCAAGGAGGUCAGCACAAACAAUUCCUCUUGGAGCUUUUUAGUUUUCCAUUACAGCUCUGCUUUAAGUACCACGCUUGCAAAACUGUUCACCCCUCUUCUGUCGUCUUCACUCGAGAAAAAAAGAGUUCCCUUCCAUCUGCUGCAGUUUUUGAGCAGUGAUUUUUUUUGAUAGUGGUGCUUGGACAACAGCAGAGCUCUGCCUUUCCUACCUUUGGGGGAUUUUAUGGAGUAACUUCCCAGUCAUCUUGCAUAGCAUUGCCCUAUCUCUCUGAACCAAAGGUAGGCUGCUGGCUUUGUUUCUCUGCUCAAGUGAUUUAGAUAAUAGAGGAGUCUAAAGAAAAUGCCUCCAGCUACUUUAAAAGAUUAAAAAUAUGUUAGGUCAAAAAAGGGAGAGCAGGAAAGCGAGGUUGACUGUGAGUUCUGUGCUGGCAUUGUCAGGCUCCAGUGUUCAGAGGAACAGAACAGUCCAGGUGGUGUCCAGUUGGAAAGCCUGGAUGAGAUGCUUUGUCUCACUGGAGGAUGUCUUCCCCUCUGCCAUAGCAGCAGAGAGGGCAUAAAUAAGCUUUGCAACUUGUUAGGGUAAAUAAGGGAAGCUCACAUUGUCUUGCUAGAGGUGGCAUGGACUACAGACAGCAGUGGUGAAGUAAACAUGUUCAGACAAUAAGCUUAGAUGCUCCUUGUCCUAUCACUAGAAUUCCUGAUGAAGAGUCCCUCUCCAGCUUCAUCUCAGACUACAUCAGUGUGAGUCUGUUUGCUAAAAGCAUUUUAGUACCACUCCAGUCCACUUCAGUCUCUUCACAUUGUUCAUGUCCAGAUCAGGCUUUUCACUGAAGUUCAUCUGUUAAAAACUUAAACCUGCUUCAUCUUCCUCCGGGGUGUUUUCCUGUAUUCUCUCUCUGGCAAGAUGUUUCUCCCAGUGGCCAAAACCAUCGUGCCCUCAGCUUGCUCUCUUUGGCAAAACCCUUCUUCCCUCAGUCUGGCGUUGCAAAGGGCUGCUGAGAGGCGUCAUGUUCUCUCCUAGGAGCCCCCAUUUUUCCCCUCCUUCCCUGGAAGCAUCUGCUGCUAUCCAGGAAGAUGAGGGGACUUAGGUGGAGAACAAGGAGUAGAAUAUUUCAGGUGGAAGUGACCUAGAGUGACCAUCUAGUCCACAGCAGGCACCUUGGUCUCCUGCAUUUCAGGAAGCUUCUUUGGCAAUCCCAUCUCAGUGCCAUCUUUUAUCUGUCCCUGCCAGGUGAGGACUUGCCUCUUCUGCUCUCCUGAGGCUCCUGUCCAGCAAGGACAUUGCUCUCUCAGCUCUGGGAUUCGGUGUGUUCAUCCUGACAGAGCUCUCCUUGUUCAAGGGUCAAGUUUAGUAGCCCAGGUGUGUCACACCUCUAAACAUGGAGCUCUGCUGGCUUCUCUCCUAAAAGUUGCUCUACUGACAGAGCUAUUCCACCUCCUCCUCCAUUAUGAUGAUCAUUCUGGAAGGGGAUGGAAAACAGCAGGAUUCUGUAUGGUUGAAUGAGAAAACUGACAUAAGGCGAUGUGUACCAGAGCUAAUCUAUAAUUCAUCACGAUCAUUCAGGGCUUUUAGAAAGCGGAGGAGAGCGAGGCGAGGGAGCCCCGAGAAAGGGUAUGAAGGCCCUGCACGUGGCUGCAGCCAGCGAGGGCUGUCACUUCCGAUGAGCAACGGGCGGGCGGUGCCAGGCCACCAGGGAGAGCCGGGCCCCUUGUACCUGCUGCUGAGGAGGGGCUGCCUUUGCAGAUGACUAGAAGCAACUACGGUGCUGACAUCUCAUUAUUUCCAGCUUUGUUGCUCGCUUUCCGGUCGCUGCUAAUGUACCGGGCCCAAAUUCCUUUGUGCGUUACUGCCUCGGGGGCCUCUGGCAGCUCCUGCUUCUGGGGGAGCGUGUCCAGUUGAACUGAGAGCUGGUUUAGACUGGCAAGGCUAAGGAGGAACAGCCAUCAGGGAGAGGAGGGCUCGGAUCCCUCUCUUCUGGUGCUGGCCUUUUACUGCUGGCAGAGUCAGCGAUAUGGCAAAGCAGGUGGUCUGGGACUCGAUCUCCUUGGACGGGGAGAGAGGACCUGCUUCGACACUGCUGCUCAGGUCUGCCAUUCCAGCUCGUAGAUGCGUUCCUGACUGUGUCGGUGUUGUCAGCCCUGCGCAGGCUCUCUGGACACAUCUCCGGGGAAGAUUGGCAGCUCCCCAGAAGAAAGGGCUUGCCUGGACACAGCAGGGCUCCCGACAGGAAGGCGGCCUGGCCUCUUCGUCAUGCUGGUAUUGCAUAGCUGUAGCUGUUCUCUUCCCAAAUGAGUUCUCUUCCCCUCCCCCAGGAAGGCAAGCUGUUGACUCUCUGCUCAGCCCUAGGGAGGUCACACCUGGACACUGUGUCCAGUUUAGGCCUCUCCCUUUAUUCAGUCCCUCCUCCAUCCCCAGGGAUGCUGGAGCUCCCAGGCUGGUCAGGGCUGGGGGCAGAGGGGCUGGGAGGAGGACUGGGGAGCUGGGACAGCUUGGUGUGGUGAGGAGAUGACUGGGGCUGCAUCCAGUCACAGGUACAGCAAUGUGUGAGGGGCAGUGAGGAGGAUGAUGUGGUCAAACUCUUUUGGCAGCCAUGGCAGAUGACAUAAUAGGAGAAUGUGGGAAGCUUGGCUUGGAUAUUAGGAAAAAAACAGCUGGUGGGGAGAUGUCUCCAUCCACAGAGGGAGGCUUCAAGCAUCACUCAGACAAGACCAGGCUGCCCAGGUCCCUUACUGGCAGCAUUCCUAUAGCGAGAGGGAGGUUGAAUCAGAGACCACCUGCAGCUCCUUUUACUCACAUGCUCCUGUGGGUCUGAGCCCUGGUUCCUUUGGUACUUCCUGGCGUGCUGUAAGAGCAGUUCUUGUGUGUCUCUGGCUUGCUUUCUGUUGCUUUGGCUUGCAGUGUUACUCAACAACUCAGAAAAAACAGCCAUGACUCUGAAAACCCGUCAGUGCUGCUGUGGCUGGAACCACGUGUCAGGCUGCACUGGCCUCUUGGGUUGGACCUUGUGCAGAGUGCAAGCACAGCAGGGGAAAGGGAUGGUUAAGGCAGGAGGUUGUCCUGCCAUUAAGUUAAUUUUUUGACUAUACCUGCACUUCUGGGCUUGCAUCCAAGGCCUGAAGUACUUGCGCAGUUUCUUCCUGCCUCCAUCACUUUGGAUGUGUUCUUUAUUCCCCCUGAGCUGGUUAUUAAUUAUGGAGACUGCAGAGAUGAAAUCCAGGCUCUGCUAAUGGUUGACUUCCUCGUGUUUUAGAAGCAGCGUUUCAGUGACCUGCUAAUGGUAUUUCUUAGCUUUUCUUUUUUAAGCUCCACCAUCAUUUCGGUUUCUGCUCUGAGCGAGGCAGGUAACGGUGUUUAAGUGUUGGCUGGCUCUCUGGGCAGAUCCCAUCUGCAGCACGCUGCUCAUCUCCCUGGGUUGAAAUGUCCUCCUUUUCAUGCUGGCAGGGAGCAUGGAACAGCCUUGCCUGGCAGCAUUCAGGCAGUGCAGUGACCCUUGCUGUGUGACGCCUCUCAGUUUCCCCGAGCUUUAGGAAUCGGGGAGCAAAUCCAUGCUGAGCACUGUGCCGAGCCCCAGCGAUCCUCACAAAGCCACCCACCCCUUCGCUCCUACCCACCAGCUUCCCUCUCAGCCUCUAAAGCUGCCUGGCCAAACCCCAGUGCGAUCUCAUCUUUUCUCUCCCGGCCUUGUUAUUCCUUCUCCCCCUCUCCCAAGGAGGCCCAAGGAGCAGAUGCUGGGCUUGCUCCUCCUCCCUGCCCCAUCCGGGCUGCGGGCGCUGCCGGCCUCGGCGCCGGCUCUGUCUGCCCUUUGCUCUCCCUGGCCAGCCUGGCCUGUCUCCAUUCCCGUGGCAGGAUCCUCUAGUCCCUGUCACUGCUGCCUGGCUGCCUUCACUGCUGCCUGCUCCCCCAGUCCUCUGGGAGCUACAGCUGUCUUUCUCCCGUCCUGUUCCCAUUUCUCCACUGCUCUGAUGUGGGCACUUAGCCCUGUGUUUUUCUUCGUAGACCGUGCCAGGCUGUUCCCUGCCUUCCCUGCUGCUGGUCAGCAAACCUCUGUGCAGGGCUGCAGGGAUGUGCAGGAAGGAGCUGCCUGCAUCCCCUCCUCCCCGAGCUUAGCCUCGGUGUUAGGGAAUGGGGAGGGAAAGACUUGGGAAAGUGGAAACAAUGAGUGUGAAAUCUUCUCGGUUUGGUUUUUCCAGCUCUGCGUGUUCAUAUCCCCCGGGACAUAUCCCUGGUAUCGGAUGGCAGCAAUGGCCUGGGAGUCCCUGAUCCCGUUUUGCAAUCCCCCAGUCUCAGCCAGCAGCUCAGGCCUUCCUGUAAGUGCCCUGAUGGUCACGGGGAAGGAAUGUUCCCCCGACCGCAUGGGGAAAGGUCACCACGGGCAAAGGGGACGCUGGGACUGGGCCGAUGAGGGCAGCGCUGAUCAGCACGGAGCCAAAAACAUUCUGGCUUACAGGGGAAAUGGGAGAAAAAAAAAAGCAUUUCUAGAGGUUAAAUAUUUUGGGCAAGGCCCCACUUCCUUUCACAGGGCACAUCUCAGAGCAGAUGCAGUGCCCAGGCCAAGUCCAGGAGGAUGUGUGUCUCUGUGUGUGUGUGUGUGUGUGUGUGUGUGUGUGUGUGUGUGUGUGCGUGUGUGUGUUUGAUCGCUCUCUUAGCUGGAGGAUGUUUGCUGCUGAAUCUGCUCCCACAAACAGCUGUGUGUCCGCUCAAGUACUGCCUGGGACGGAGGUUUUGGCCAGUUAUUGCUGCUCAGAGCAGCCCUUGGGCUGAGCAGCAUGUUGUGGCUCCCUUCCCUUCCUACCCUGUGCCUGCCAACAAACCUCUCCCCUGGAUGCAACUCGGAAGGAAAGCUGUGACUCGUGGUGGCUGUGGCCACAGUGGGAUUAACAUCCAAUAUUAAGGGCUUAACUCAUCCCUGCCAGCCAGAGGUUCCAAAUAACUGCCAUGCCUUCUGCCUGUUCCUUCCACCCUGGAGUUUGUAGCUGCCUUGGCUUAGCUGGAGCUCGCUCCUGGCACUUUGUUCUGAGAGCCUGGCUUGUUGGCUGAGGCUCCUGGGGAUGCUGGUCUCAUUUAUUGGGGCGGGGGCGGAGCGGAGAAAGGAGGAGGAAUUUCUAGGUUGGGCUUAUGAACCCGAGUUUUUCAAAAUUCCCAGCAUGUUAAAAAAAAUACAAAGCUAAUCUGGCCCUUCGUCUCUAGGUUACGUUUGCCUGGGCCGGGGCUGAGCUCAUGGAAAAUUGCAGCUUAGCUCCUGUGCUCCCUGCCAAGAUUAGUAGGUUUAAAAACUAACUGAUAACAUCUUUGUAAACUUGGAGUCAUUUCUCUAAAGCCUGCUGAUCCUUCCAGCCUGGAUUUUGGAGCUUUUCUAGAGAUCCAAGAGAGCCAAGCAGGGUGAUGGUAUCUGCCCCGAAAAAUCACCCUGGAGCAUCAGAGUGUCUUCAAAUACCCCGAGGGAGGAAGGAGGCUGCU